AUGGAUAUGUCAAAUGAGGGUAGUGGUUUGGGAAUGAAAAUCAUGAACCAGGGCAACAUCAAGACUAGUACGACGACCCCUCGACUUAUCACAAUCAAUGAGCCUCAGUCGCAUUAUGUGAAACUGAACGUUGGCGGAGCGCUCUAUAGCACAACAAUAUCAACACUGGUCAAGCAUCAGUCGAUGUUGCAGGCGAUGUUCUCUGGACGUAUGGAGGUGUUGACAGAUAACGAAGGAUGGGUGUUAAUCGAUCGUUGUGGCAAACAUUUUGGGACGAUUCUGAAUUUCUUGAGAGAUGGCAAUGUGGCACUGCCGGAUUGUCGUGUGGAGACGAUGGAGAUUUUGGCUGAGGCGAAAUAUUAUUUGAUUCAGGUUGAUUUUAGAACAAAUUCAAACGAGAAAGAAAUUGAGUGUUUGUGUGAUUAA